AUGGGUCUUACCACCACAACCGAGGGCCUCAACACUACACCCCAGGGCCUCAACACUACACCCCAGGGCCUCAAAAUUACACCCCGUGGGUCUUAUCACUACACCCAGGGCCUCAACACUACACCCCAUGGAUCUUACCACUACACCACAGGACCUCAACACUACUCCCCAUGGGUGUUACCACUACACCCCAGGGCCUCAAAACUACACCCCAUGGGUCUUACCACUACAAACGAGGGCCUCAACACUACACCCCAGGGCCUCAACACUACACCCCACGGGUCUUACCACUACACCCCAGGGCCUCAACACUACACCCCACGGGUCUUACCACUACACCCCAGGGCCUCAACACUACCCCCAAUGGGUCUUACCACUACACCCCAGGGCCUCAAAAGCACACCCAUGGGUCUUACCAUUACACCAAGGGCCUCAACACUACACCACAGGGGCUCAACACUACACCCCAGGGCCUCAAAACUACCCCCCAAGGGUCUUACCACUACACCCCAGGGCCUCAAAACUACACCCCACGAGUCUUACCACUACACCCCAGGGCCUCAACACUACACCUCAUUGGUCUUACCACUACACCCCAGGGCCUCAAAAGUACACCCAUGGGUCUUACCAUUACACCAAGGGCCUCAACACUACACCACAGGGACUCAACACUACACCCCAGGGCCUCAAAACUACACCCCAAGGGUCUUACCACUACACCCCAGGGCCUCAAAACUACACCCCACGGGUCUUACCACUACACCCCAGGGCCUCAACACUACACCCCAGGGCCUCAACACUACACCCCAGUGCCUCAACACUACACCCCAUGGGUCUUACCACUAA